CUCUUGACGUAAUACGCGAUGUAAAAAGUCUUGGAAACGUAAUCAUCGACAUGGAUCAAUAAACCGGAAUAUCCCCCCACCUUGUGGCAUCUGUCUGCGUAAUCCGACCUGUGAAAAGUCACUGUUUUGCAGCGUUGUAGGCCUUUCCGCGCCAGGCUGGUUCGUAGUAGGUUGUAAGUUAGCGUGCGGUUUGUAUUCUAAGCCGCACGUGGAGGGCCCGAAGUCAUAAGAGAAAAUUUGAUUAAUUUGUGUUAUUGAUUAUGGCUGACUAUUUAAUUUGCGGCGGUACGGGUUAUGUUCCCGAAGAUGGUUUAACAGGUUCCCAGUUGUUUGGGAACGGCGAUGGAUUAACGUAUAACGAUUUUAUAAUUUUACCAGGAUUUAUUGAUUUUACUGCAGAAGAAGUGGAUCUCACGUCAGCUCUUACAAAGCAAAUAACACUGAAAGCUCCGCUAGUCUCGUCUCCUAUGGAUACAGUUACUGAAUCCGAUAUGGCUAUUGCAAUGGCAUUGUGUGGAGGUAUUGGAAUGAUACACCACAAUUGUACCCCAGAAUAUCAGGCCAACGAAGUGCAUAAAGUGAAGAAGUAUAAGCAGGGCUUCAUUCGAGAUCCAGUUGUGCUUAGUCCUAAACAUACUGUAAGUGACGUGUUUCGUGUAAAGAGAGAGCAUGGAUUCUGUGGAAUUCCAGUUACUGAAAAUGGGAAAUUAGGUGGAAAGUUGGUUGGCAUAGUUACAUCCCGAGAUAUAGACUUUUUGGAUGAGGCCAUGGACAGGUGUCUUGAAACUGUGAUGACAAAGUUUGAAGAUCUGAUAACAGCAUCAUCUAAUGUGACACUUCAAGAAGCUAACAGCAUUUUGGAACAUUCAAAGAAAGGAAAAUUACCAAUUAUCAAUGAUAGAGAUGAAUUAGUAGCACUGAUUGCCCGUACGGAUCUCCAGAAGUCACGCAGUUAUCCCAAUGCUUCGAAAGAUGAGAAUAAACAACUUCUUGUAGGUGCAGCAAUAGGUACUCGUGAAGAAGACAAACGAAGACUUCAACUCCUGUCACAGGCAGGUGUGGAUGUAGUGCUCCUAGAUUCAUCACAAGGUAACUCAGUUUAUCAGAUUAAUAUGAUUCGUUACAUCAAACUGACUUACCCAGAAUUGCAAGUGAUUGGUGGUAAUGUUGUGACAGCAGCCCAAGCUAAGAAUUUGAUUGAUGCAGGAGUAGAUGGUCUACGAGUUGGAAUGGGAAGUGGAUCAAUUUGUAUUACUCAAGAAGUUAUGGCGGUGGGGCGUCCUCAGGGUACAGCAGUGUACCGUGUGGCAGAAUAUGCUCGUCGGUUUGGUGUACCUGUGAUUGCAGAUGGGGGCAUUCAGUCAGUGGGUCAUGUUCUUAAAGCACUGUCAUUGGGUGCAUCUACAGCAAUGAUGGGUUCCCUAGUGGCAGGCACUUCAGAAGCCCCAGGGGAAUAUUUCUUUUGUGAUGGUGUUCGAGUGAAGAAGUAUCGUGGUAUGGGUAGUUUAGAAGCAAUGUCUCGGAAAGAUGCUAAAGGAUCUGCAAUGAACCGCUACUUCCAUAACGAAAAUGAUAAAAUGAAGGUUGCGCAAGGUGUAAGUGGAUCAAUUGUAGAUAAGGGAUCAGUGUUACGAUUCUUGCCAUAUCUGCAGUGUGGUUUACGACAUGGAUGUCAGGACAUAGGUGCUCGCAAUUUAUCCAUUCUCCGGUCCAUGAUGUAUUCAGGAGAGCUGAAAUUUGAACGUAGGACCCAGUCUGCACAGCUUGAAGGAAAUGUUCAUGGUCUGUUCUCAUAUGAAAAGCGAUUGUUUUGAGAUUCACUGGUCUGUGGUGGACCACCUAAUUACUAGUUGGUCCAGUUUAAAACUUGAAUAGGUUGUGAAUCCUAUAAUCCAUCCUCCAGAAUAGUUCUGUGGUUGUUCAGUUUUUGAGUUGUAAUUCAGUUGACCCUGCAAGCUACCAACUAAAUGAGGGACACAUAUGUGAUGAUGUAGUGUGGUGCUUAUCUUCUAAACAAUUUAAUUUUUACAAUACUGUAUUUUCACUAAGGGGUAUUCAUUUGAGGAGUUUGUCAUGCCCGGCAGCAUAAAUUUCAAACACAGCUAGAGGUACAAAGACAAAACAACUACAUCCAGUGUGACUAUCGAUGUCCCUCUUAUAAUGGUCUAUAGGGACCGAAAUAUGU